GCACACCCGGCGACAGCACCCCGAGAGCGACGCACGCACGACGCCAACCCCCACGCUGCCGCCCGCUGACAUGCCGGUGAACUUAAACGAGAGCGACUUGGAUCGCAUUCGGCAGAGCAUCUCGGACCCAGUCCAGUCAAAUCGAGAAGCGAAGCGACAGCACCUCAAGGAAUUGUCGACGCAACGGACGGGGAAAUGGCCCAACACGCUUGAAGCGAUGCGACGCAAGAAAGAAAACUGGAAGAAGGACAAAGAAGAGCGUGAAGAAGCGGAGCGUCUCAAGAUUGAUGAAGAAGAAUUGCGACUGCAAAAAGAGUACCGCACCAAGCAGAUCGAACGGGCGAAUCGCCUGUUGUACGAACAAACUGACAGGAUGAAGACGUUGCGGAGUAAGGAGCUGCUGGCAGAUGUGCUCCAGGAUCGUGAGUACCAAAUCGGCGAGAAGCAAGCCGUGAAAGCACUGGACAAGAAGGUCGAGGACGGGUGGACGGCAACCCUAAUGACUCAGCUCCGCGAUGCCGACCGAAAGGCUGAAGAGGAGCGAAAGGAGCGCGAGCACAAGCACAAGGAGCUCGCCGUGAUGCAACAAAAGCAACUCGAAGAGUACAAAAACACGCACAUCGCACAUUUGCGCGAAGAGAUGCGCGACGGCGAGCGCAUCAAAGCCAAGGCUGAGCAGGACGCACGUGACGAACAAGAGGCCGAGUUGGCGCGGAAGCGACGGGUCAAGCAGGCGAAUGAGGACACGCGACUUGCAAACGAGCGGCUGAAGUUGUUGCGAAAGCAAGAAGAGGAAAAGGAGGAGGCCGAGGAGCUCAAGCGACAAGAGGAUGCCCGCAAGAAGGAAGAGCGCACGAUGAAGCGGAACGAGUUGCAACGGCAGCGAGAUGAGAAGAAGGCGGCUCAAAAGAUGCGCAUGAUCGAUUUGGCGACCGAGAAUCUCUUGAGAUUUGAAGCCAAGUCGGAGGCGCGCCUGGAGAACCAGAAGAAGGAGGUCCGACAGAAAGAAGACAACGAAAUAAAGUUCCGCGCAGAGCGUCGAGCAGCACAGAAGAGCGCAAUUGAUCAUAGCCGCAGUUUGCAACUGGAAGAGAAGCAGCGACGCAAGCAAGACGAGAUAGAAAUGGCCAAGGAGCAGUCGCUUAAGUGGGCUGACUACAAUCAGCGCGUUGAGCGCGCCAUUAUGAAAGAGGAACAAGAGAGAAAGCUCGACAAUGUUCGUCUGGCGGCACUGCAACGACAGCAAGCUGACGCCAAACGCACGAUUGAAAUGGAGGACCGUGCCGCGCAGAUUCUGGCGGAAGAAACGAUCAAGAAUGGACACUCGAUAGAGCAAGAACUGUACAAGCAGUAUGCUGCACAUGUGUUGGACGACGCCGAGAAGCGAGGCAUGACGAACGUGCAUCCACUCAAGCAAGCCCUGAAAGCCAAGGGGAUCGAUCUCUUGCCCGCAUCUGGUUUCCGCGUUUAGCUCCUUGGCCAAGCAUGAGAAUCGUCGUGCCAGGAGAUACAAUCUUAAACCUAAUGCUUGCGAGGGUUUCGACGUCGUGUCUCGCAAGUAUAACCAGGUGCAUCAUCGUUC